AUGCAAAUUCUGUGUAUCACGGUUCUUUCUUUGGUCGCGGUUACUGUUGCGUUUCGUCCUUCCCAACGAUCGCUGGUGCGGAGUAGCGCCGCUUCUUUGACUUUACGCCAUGCCCCCUUUAGCCGCUUAACGAAGAUCUACGAGCAGACGGAUCAAACCCAAACGGAGGUUCUCAAGCUUGAGCCUAUCCUACUAGUCUCAGAUACGGAUAAAGUGGUUGACCCUGGCGAGGAAUUGUUUUUGGCUACGGUAGAAGAGGCGGUAGACGAGGCGUUGCAAGCGGAGGUGGAAACACUUGGUUCCGAAAAUGAAGUCGAGACUUUCGGCGUCGUAUUAGAGAGCUUCACAGAAGAGAGUGCCAACGUAAUAUCCUCAUCAGAGAUGUCUGCAGAAUUUGCAUCCGUAUCAGAGACAUCUGCCGAAGUAGCAUCUGAUGUUGUGAGUGCCAUUCUCGCUGCUUCGCAAGAAGCCGCUGAUGCUGCGGAAGCAACCCUCUCGGAUGAAGACAUUUUUAAUUAUUCCACACCCGGCUUUAAAAAUGCUACGGUGGAAGUUAACAGAAUCCCUGAGAUCCUUCCGGCGUCGCAGAUCGUUGGGGAUCCCUCAGUGGCACCAAAAAUAGCCGCACCGUCGGUUGGAAAAAUUCUUAAAUUCGCGUUACCUGCCACCGGGGUGUGGCUCUGUGGGCCUCUCUUGUCGUUGAUUGACACGAGCUCUGUAGGCAUUCUGUCCGGAACGGUCCAGCAGGCUGCUCUGAAUCCCGCGGUUGCUGUCACUGACUACGCUGCCUUGCUUAUUGCAUUUUUGUUUACGGGGACGACGAAUCUCAUGGCGUCAGCCUUGGAGUCUGAUCGUGGAGUAGAAGGAUCACCCCGGAGCACAAGUACCCUGAAAGGAGCCAUACAACUUUCGACUUAUGUCGGCGCUGGCUUGGGCGCCGUUUUAUUUGUCUUCGCCCGACCCUUGCUGCAAGCUUUAAUUGGAAAUGACGCCAUGAGUCCUGCCGUAUUUGCCGCCGCAAUGAAGUACGUUCGCAUCCGGGCGCUUGGAAUGCCGGCAGCUGCCGUAAUUGGGAGUACUCAAGCUGCUUGCCUUGGCAUGCAAGAUAUCCGCAGUCCUCUCUAUGUUCUAUUGGCGGCGGCUGUUGUCAAUUUUAUCGGAGACAUGCUUUUCGUCGGGAGUACCAACCCUUGGCUUGGUGGAGCGGCCGGAGCCGCUUGGGCUACCGUAUUCAGUCAAUUUGCGGCCGUUGGUUUAUUUGUGCACUGGCUUUGUCACAAACCGCAAACGAAAGAGCGUAAACAGGUGGUCAACGUGUCUCGAGCUAUUUUGGAACUGACUGGAAAGUCGGAUAGCGCCGGUGAAAACCGAAGGCGGCGCUUCAUAGACACUUUGCAGUCGUUCCGAGCGAAUUUAUCAGAAGAGAAGUCGAUAGCAGUUCCAAGCAGAACAGGACACGCUACGACAAAGACACGUCGAUCCAAAUGGACCAAAAAAAACAAGCCAUCAUCGAAGGAGAAAUCUUUUUCAGUGCGCGGAUUCCUCGAGAGCAAAAUCCAGAGGCGGGAGCUUGUCAGGCUUCCGUCCAAAAGCAUUAUCAAAGAAUUUUAUCCAUAUAUGUUGCCGGUUACCAGCACACAGGUUGGUCGGGUUUCAGGUUAUGUUGCUAUGGCGCACGUUGUUGCCAGUUCACUCGGUACCGUCAGCAUGGCGGCUCAGCAAGUAAUUGUCAGCCUUUUCUACUGCCUCUGCCCCAUUGCGGAUUCACUUAGUUUAACAGCGCAGUCCUUUGUGCCAGCGAUUGCCGAAAAGAAGGUUUCGAAAGAACGAACCAAUGCAUUACGAAAGACGACGAGAAACUUUUUUAAGGCCGGCUCAAUUUUCGGCUCUGUGAUGGUCAGCGCUGUUCUCUGCAUUCCAUUCUUGUCGCAAUUUUUUACCGCUGAUCCUGUUGUCAGUUCCAUGGUAGCGUCCAUUGCCCCGUUGCUUGUGGGCGUGUUUGCCGUGCAUGGUAUUGUUUGCGCAUCUGAAGGUCUCUUGUUGGGGCAAAAGGAUCUGGGGUUCUUGGGCAAAAUGUACGCCGGCUUUUUUGCAGUUGUUCCUUUUUUUAUGCUGCGGGUGAAACGUGCGGCUGCGCGCGGCGUACCAGGAACUAAUUUGAGUUCUGUCUGGAAGGUGUUCUUAGGCUACCAACUUUUCCGAUGGAUGAUGUGGAUGUCUCGAGUGGUCACAAUUCAGCGAAGAACUGAGCGAGAAUCAGCCGGCUUUAUGUAGCUGAAAGCAUUUCCUAAACUUUGUACAUACCACUUCUA